AUGCUUUCUUCAGGAUGGAACAAGCUUUCUGGAGCGUUUAGUGCAGUGCACGUUUUGCCUCGAAAUGAACAUGCUUCCGACAGAGUUAAACGGACCCAUUUUUCCACGAAAUGGUUCAUGGGUUGUCUGACAGUGUUUGUCAUCUUCAACUUUAUCAAUAUCUUCCAACAAACAACGUUCAUGUGCCGGUUACCUGCAAUCAACCUUGUCAAGGUGCUCAACAAUGGCCAGGAAUUUCUUGAUUCCGGUAAAUUGUAUUUUAGAGACACAUACGACGACGUUAAGAAGGAAAACAUUGAGUUAUACAAUUCGCUGAGCAAGAUCUUUGAAAUGCAAAAAAACUCAUAUAUGAAGAACUACCACGAUUACGCCUUGAUCUUGAACCCGCUCUUCAUCCUGGACGAGUCCGAGAUCCGCAUCAAGCUACACCCCAUGAAGUACAUUUAUGAGACGAAAACUUUUGAGUUCAAAAAUAGCACAAUCCCUAUUUUGGAGUUCAAGCACGUCUUUGGACGCAAACUCACACCACUCAAGGCGCUACAUAGAUCGUCUGUUUCUUUUUCUUUGAGGAUACAAGAACAUCAUCAGGAUACCACUGAUUUCAUCCACAAAAUCAUCUAUCCUAUUUAUGAAUCGAGCGGCUACCCAAGAAGUGCCUAUAAUUUAGAUGCGUUGCUAGACUAUUCAUUCGUGUUGAAAUACAUCAACUUUGGUGUGUUUUUGUUCUCUGUGGUGUUUCUGGCGGAAGCACUGUGUGUGGUGGUUCCAUACUCUCUGGAAUACUAUCAAGUGCUUUCAAUCGUCCGUCUCAACAAGACACUCUUUGUGCUGGCGGUGGUGUGUUUCGUUAGCAACUUCAUGCUGAUGUCAGUUAGCAUUGUGCUGAACAUGAUUUUACUGGGCAAGGAGUCAAACGAACGUGGUGUCUUCAGUACACUUCUGGGUUUCAUCCAAUUGUUCUGGCUGGUGUUUCUGGCUUUCCAAACAAAGAACUGGGUCUGGAAAGUGUAUUUAGAAAAGAAGUACCUGCUUCCAAGACCCGAGAAGCACGAGCGCACAUUGAGUGGUUUCGGAAUCAAGCCUCUAAACUUUGGCAGUCUCAAGAGACACUUCACUCAUAGACGUGGGGCCCGUGAAAGUCAGGAAGAUCUGAUCGACACCCCAGAACCGAAAGAACCAGAGACAGGGCACCUGAUGAGUCCAAACAUUUAUGCCGGCAACCUGCAUCUUAUUUCCAACACCAACAGCUUUGGAACGCAGAGCUGUUUGGAACUUAAAGGCUCUCCGGCACGGUCGAUCCGGUCUGCGCGCUCCAUGCACUCUUUGCGUUCCACGCGCUCUGCUGCAGCUAUCACGUCGAACGAUCGAGAUCCAUUCUUCACGGCGCCCCAGCACCAGUCCGACAUUUUGGGUCCAAAACCCAAUCUGGAGCCUGAGCAGCGGUCUGUACACUCCUCGAGCACCGAGGUGACCAAGAUGCCCGCCGGGUCGCGCACCGUGUUUGUGGAGGAGGAUGCCACCUCGAUGGUGUCGCGGAAGACUGCACAAGAACACGCUAAAUCGUCCGGCCUGGAGAGCUCUGUGACCAACCGGUCAGAGCCACAACAUUCGGUGAACCAAGAGUCUGCUGCAAUAGAGACGCAAACCUCGCAGGAGUCUGUCAAUGAGGACGAGGACCCCGCAACCGCCGUCGCCCCCACGAACGAACAGAACCAGGAAGACGACUCGACCACCCGGAUCUCCACCGCGGACUCAGAGAGCAUCGAACAGACCCAAGAUAAACACAACGACGACGAGAGUGACGUUAGUCGAGGAGCAACCGUUGGGCAGUUGUAA